AUGCCCACAACCCUAAGCCCCCCUUACUCACCUAAAACCCUUAAACACCCCAGAUCUCUCCCCAGAUCCCUCAACUACCUCCUCAAAGAACAAAGACUCCUCUUUAUCUUGGUAGGUAUUCUCAUUGGAUCCACAUUUUUCAUUCUCCAACCCUCUCUGUCUCGUCUUAACUCUUCUGACACCCAUUCUUCAAUACCCAGAUUGUUUCCAGUCACCAAUCGUGAAUCUUUAUCAAACCCAUUUCGUGGUGUAAGCAGUUACGGGCAUGGGAAGGUGUCUGGAAGGGUUCCUGUGGGGAUUGGGCGAAGAAGGUUGAGAAUUGUGGUGACUGGUGGGGCUGGAUUUGUAGGGAGUCAUUUGGUUGAUAAACUAAUUGCCAGAGGAGAUGAUGUGAUUGUCAUUGAUAAUUUCUUUACUGGGAGGAAAGAAAACGUGGCGCAUCAUUUUAGGAAUCCGAGGUUCGAGCUUAUUAGGCACGAUGUUGUUGAACCCAUUUUGUUGGAGGUAGAUCAGAUCUACCAUUUGGCUUGCCCAGCUUCGCCGGUCCAUUAUAAGUUCAAUCCGACUAAUGUGAUGGGCACACUUAAUAUGUUGGGACUUGCAAAGCGAAUUGGGGCGAGGUUUCUGCUCACAAGUACAAGUGAGGUUUAUGGUGAUCCACUUGAGCAUCCGCAGAAGGAGACAUAUUGGGGAAAUGUGAAUCCAAUUGGUGAGAGAAGCUGCUAUGAUGAAGGGAAAAGAACAGCUGAAACCUUGGCAAUGGAUUAUCAUCGUGGUGCAGAUGUUGAGGUAACAGAUCGUGAUAUUGACUUAUACAUGAACUGCCAUGAAAUGCUGAACUUGUUAUGA